AUGACAUCCUCUCCGAGCGAAAGAAAGUUGCACUUAAUCUUGCAGGAAGAUUCGAGCAGGCGGUCUCAGAGCCUGGAGAGUCGUGCAGCAGUCAAGACUGAGAGCAAGGACCAUGCUCCACCUGCCGCUUCGGAAGGACCCUUGGUUUCUGUCAAGACAGAGGCCGAGCAGGAUCUGCCACAAGGACUCAUGGCCGUCAAGCCGGAGCCCGUCGAAACGCUUUCGAAGAUGCUUACGACAACAGCGACGGCGACUGAUUCGCCGCUGGCAGCCCAGGAGUGGUUGCCGGCAGGAGGUCUUGUGAUCCGG